CYAACAGUUUUGUGAGAUGUUACCGCGUCGCAUCGUGAAGGGGCAGCCAAUAAAAUAGUGCUGUAGUACUCGUGUYGAGAGAGAGCCAUUACCGGUAUACGGAACGCCACCGCAACAAAGCUCUGGUGUUGACUCUCUCCAGGCUGCCGACAGCAAUGCCAUUCCAGACUUGUCACUGUAAGAUUAAGAUAAGCAUACCGAGACAAUCUAACUCAMCGUAAGAUAGUCUAUUGAUAACCGCGAGAACACAAUCAAACACGACACGUUCACAAAUCACGACCACACAAAAGCAGUUUUUAGACAASGUGGGGAACACAGAGGAGCCAGUUGUAAUUUCGAUAUCAUCGCAACCAGAGAAGGAAUUACUGUCACCAUUAGAGGAAAGAGCUUUCCUGUGGCGAUUGGCUUUCCUUAUCGAACCAGCAAUAGCAUUUCAACGGGGGUUAGUAGAUAACGAAGCGAGCAGUCAGCACAGGUACGAUAAAAUAGAUCAGAACAAAAUAGAACACAAUACAGAAGCAAGAUGUCGUCUUCCAAUGACGCCGACAACUGCGAGAUCGGAGCAAACGAUCMCGCCGGUGAUCGAGUCGAUGAACCAAAUCCGAACGACGUCUUGUGCGGCCGAGGAGGAAACAUCAACUCGCACAAAGGAAACGAGCAAUUCCGCAAGCUGGUGGAGAAACGGAAACGUGUUUACCUUACGGCUCGCUUCAAGCGUGAAAAACGAUUGAUUGCCUCUUCCAUCGUGAACGAGAUCCGAGCCAUGGAUCCCCCAGGUCGAUUUCUAGCACGAAAGGGUAGUAUGAAAGACGACAGCGGGUUUUGGUACGACAUUGGUGACGAAAAGGCCCGCGACAAAACAUCGCAGGCCCUGCGGGAGAACGCUCCCUCCAUCCGAGCCGAGAUCGAAACGGAAAUCAAUCAGCAGCGUGCAGAAAUGAGGCGGCAAGAGGCGACGACCGAUCCGCAGCCGUCUUCCGCAAAAAGCGGACCGAACGAGUCGUCGUAUCCUUCCGCCCYAAUAGGGCAUCAUCAUCCCGGAAGCCACGGGCACCUUGGGAAUCCCCCUCCUCCGAUUCCUCCUCCCCCUCAUCCGGGUCAUUCGCACACGUACAGCCCUGCYCACCAGAGCCAUUAUUCGCAACAGUACUAUGAUUACUAUUAUCAUUACUACGGAUAUGGAGCGCCUCCGCCCCCCCCUCCUCCGGGAUACACAAGCAAUGCUGCGGCACCCGCUGGAGCUCCUCCCCAUCCAUCGUUGCAACCAGGAUACCCCCCCGCAACCCAACCGCAUCCCUACUGGGCUGCUCAGUCUAGUCCCAAUGCAGCUGCAAGUGGAAACAGAUCGACUCCACCUGGACCGCCGGCGACGAGUGCGGUGGUCACCCCUUCUCCUCACUCACCCUCGGGCCGAUCGACUGGGGUAGCACUGAAUCCAAGUGCUGCUGAUGCAAAAUCACCUCCAAUGGCCGAAGGUCAUGCCUCAAGCGCGGUCGACUCCACUUUUUCUCCCUUUGCUCGUGCCACAACCCAGGAAGAAGAAGAUCGACGCCUGGCUAUGGCCUUGCAACAGGAAGAGAAUGCCAAGGCAUUCGAAGACAGGAAUCGUCGAUUUGGUUCCGAUCGGAGGUCGUCGCGAUCUACGGCCUACUGUGCUCCUGGGUACCGCCCUCGCUUGUUGAACGACAGCGUCGAAGCACCGAAUGAGGGGGGUUUCGGGACUCCAAACCGAAAGAAACGACCGCCCAUGUCGGCGAGUCACUUUUUCGGUCCCUCUCAUUCAUUCAGUAGAGAAAGAGCUAACACGGGAUCCAGUGCACCGAGCAACGGGAACAUGGAAAACGAUUCGAACCUGAGAAUGGAAGAAAAAGACCACUACGAAAUGAAUCUAAAGCCUCCUGCACAAAUGCAUCCCAAACGGGAAGGACGCAAGAACGACAACAAUGCCGACAACAGUCACGGCAUCGAUCAGAAUCACAACCACGAUCACGACUUCUCGUGUUCGUCCUUUUCUACGAGAGGACGGAUGGAAUUCAAGGACGACAGCGAAUUUAGCAUGUUUGGCGAAGGAGGAACUAUCGUUCCUUCCUCAAACGCCAACAGCACCGGAUCGUUUAGCAGAGUUAGAAACGUAUUUUCUAGUGCGUUCUCGAACAAGGAUAACAAGCACAGUAACGCAGGAAGCAAUUCAUUCAACCCAAUUUCUCUGGACCAGAGUGAUCGAAACCAUGGGCAAUCACAGCAGUACCAGCACAAAUGCGAUAGUUCAAGAGGUGAUGAUAACAGGAGCCACAAUCGCAAGCACUGCGAUCACCACCAACACAGCCAAGAACAGCAGGAUCAACAGAACCACCAGGAGUCUUCUCUUUUGUCGCAGGUGGCUAGUCACAUUUUGGGUAAUUUUGGUGGUUCCUCAUGGACAGAUAGCAACAAUCCCUCGAACAAGCGGGACCACCAACAUCAUCACGGAGGAAAUGACGAACCUGAAAUGGAAAUGGAAUUAGGUCAAGAAGUUAUAAUGGACGUCAGAGACGAAUCAUCUAGUAUGCCACCGCCUCAAAGCAGAGGAAAUGGCACACAGGUCGAUUGGCCCUCGAGAGCUGGUUGUCACACUUGGAUUCCCGAUUCGAUGGUUGAUACCACGGCAUCAUGUAAUUUUGGGCACGAUGACAACAAUCGUGACAUGCAUACAACGCAUCAACAUGUUUCCGCGACUCACCACAGUCGCCAUCGCCACCAUCAUCCUAACGAUCAUUCCCUUAAUCGUGAAACCAGCUAUGGUCGUGCGGACAUCUCCCCGAUCAAUUCAAUGGAUAUGGAUUUCUCUCUAUCAUCAUCUCUAGGAGGACAUCGACAACGGACAAAUAAUAUCAAUGGCGGUGCUUCAACAUUGAUGAACGUAUUCGAGAAAAAGACUGCUGAUCUAAAUCCAGAAGAGUUGUUGCCACAGAUUCAUCGAUCCGGUUUACAGCAAACGCCAUCUUGGGAAAGAUCCUACCGUAGCCGGUCACCCGUGUCUCUGGGAGAGCUUUCUGGUGUCGACGAAAUGGAUGGCUCGCUCAUCCGCGUGCAUUCGCGUGAUGCGAAGGAUAAGUUGUUUGGCAUGAACGGAAGCACCGUGGAGCCACAACCUUCCACAUCUAURGGUCAAUACAACGUACACCAGCAACCUCRCCAUCAAAACCAUCAGCACGGAAGCCAUCAUCAUCCGCCACAAGGGCAGCAAUAUCAAUCACCGAUGAAACCGUCAGCGAUGCAUGGUCAUCACAAUCAAGCACCUCUUUCCUCACGGGCUCAAAAUUAUAGCGAAUCACGUGAGAUUGAUAUGGACUGGGACUAAAUAAUUCUACAGAUAUAGGGGAUAGAGUAAAGAAAAACGCACCGAAGCAAACUUUUUUAGAAUGGAAACUACAUGUUUCGACUCKACUAAUAAAGAAAUAGAAAGUGA